AUGAAUAGUGGCUUUCAAGUCCCAAAUGGUAAAUUUUUUCUAGUAGAUGGUGGUUAUGCCAACACACCACAGUUCAUUGCUCCUUAUCGUGGUGUUCGGUACCAUCUAAAGGAGUUUGGACGUGGUCAUCGUCGACCUAGAGACUACAAGGAGUUAUUCAAUCAUCGCCAUGCCAUUCUGAGAAACCAUGUAGAGAGAGCUCUAGGGGUUCUAAAGAAGCGAUUUCCCAUCCUGAAAGUAGGCACUUUCCAUCGGAUAAAGAACCAAGUGCGGAUUCCAGCAGCUGCUGCAGUGUUCCACAACAUGAUCCGGUUGCUUAAUGGUGAUGAGGGCUGGUUGGACAACCAACCUGAUAAUAUAGAACCUACUAAUUUUGUCGAUCUACCAGAAGGUGACAGUGAAUACCAAAAUGAUGUGCCAUCUCUUAGCAAUCAAAUGAUCAGUGGGAAUAAUAUUAGAGAUAUGAUUGCUAAGAAGAUGUGGGAAGAUUAUGUUCUUAUGAUGUUUGGAAGACUAUCUCCGAAAGCAAGCCUAUUGCAGCAGCAACAAAGGCAUCCACAAAAGAAGGCAUCACCAAAGAGCUGUAGCAUACAGAAGAAGAAGGCUUCUCCAAAAGCUCAACAAUCAAGAGCUUCAUGGAACCCGGGACUAGAAAAGGCUUUAGUUGAUUUACUUCAUGAGCACAAUAACCCACAUUACCGGUGCCAAAACGGGUGGACAAGUGAAGCAUGGAACAAGGUCGUCAAAGAAUUUCGUGACAGACAUCCCUAUGUCGCCAUGAAUAAGCAACAGAUCCAAGAUAAGGAGAAGGAGUUAAAACGAGAUUAUAGGUUGCUUAAGGAGGCAAGGAAACAGAGUGGAGCUUCUUGGGAUAAUCAACGGUGCAUGAUUGUUGCCGAUGAUGCUGUUUGGGCAAACAUAAUUACGUCAAAUGAGAAAGUAAGGAAGUUCAGCAAAAACAAAUCCUUUCCUCUCUUUGAAUCCUUGGGUGAACUUUAUGAUGGCCAAACUGCUGAGGGCAACAUGAAUUUCACUUCUAUUGAGCCAUUCCAACAUGCUACUCUCACACAAGUGAAUGAAUAUCUUGAGAGAAGUGACUCUUUUCCUGAUGUAAAUUGGGUUGCUGAUGAUGAUGAGACCACUGAAGUUCAAGAUGAAGAUAAUGCAGUGGAGCAUGAAAAUCAGGGAAGCCACAUUACUAUCACCUCAAGAGCUAAUGGAGAAAAGAAUGUCAAGAAGACCAAAUCUACUGAGAGAGAGAGAGUAGAAAAGACACCGAAGAGGAAUAAGAGGAAUGAUGUUGUUGAUAUGAUGGGAAGUUACUUGGAGAUGAGAAAAAGACAAUCUGAGGAGGAGGAAGCAAAGAAGAGGGAGGAGGAAGCAAAGAAGAGGGAGGAGGCAAGCAAGGUUGAUGAUUGCUCAAUAAGGAACUGCAUCACUGUUGUGGAAUCGAUGGAGGAGCUCUCAAAUGAAGAAAAGGUCAAAUCUUUUGGAGUAUUCAAGGACGCGCAGAAUAGGGAGAUCUUCAUGAGUGCAGGGCCUAUGACUCGUCUUAUAUGGUUAAGAACGAUGCUGGUAAGUUUGAAUUACUAUUGUUACUAGCAUAAUCUUAAUUUGUGCAAUUCUGAAAUUCAAUUCUUCUACACUUAAAUAGGUACAUUUUUUUAGCCACGUUGCACUUUGUUUAUGAUGCGAUUGUGUAACAAUGCAGACCAUGCAAGAAUGACCUUUGGACCAAAAGGAUAUUGUCUUUCCAGGUACCCGUUCAUACUUUUAUAAUUUUGACAUGAUUUUCAUGUUAUAUUUAUGUCAGGUUUAGGCUGAAGUUAGCAUAAUUUUGACAUAAUUCUUGUUAGUAUGCCUCUGAACUUUUAUAAUUUUGAUUCUUGUCAGCA